CCCCGCGGCCUAACGUGGUGCAACUCGUGUUUCGCCAUUUUGUGAAAGAAUAGUGGAAUUUCGUUUCUGUGAAUUUUAUAAAUCACAUUUGAGUGUUUGACGAAGAAAAUCCGAAAUUUUAUCUUCAGCAUCAUCAAUCAUGGCUGAUGACUUUGAUGUAGAAGCAAUGCUUGAAGCACCAUACAGAAAAGAGACUCCUCCCUCUCAAGCAAAUGGGAAGGGUGACUCAAACCGGACAAAUAGUGAUGGGGAAGAGAGAAGAAAACGUAGUCAUCGAAAUCGGAGUCGCAGUAGAAGCACCGGAAGGUUUGAUAAUUUCAGGAGUCGGAGACGUCGUAGCCGUAGCAGAAGCCAGGAGAAAGCUCGGAGAGGUCGGAGUCGUUCAAGAGAUCGUGACAGAAGGCGUAGACGCCAGAGCAGUAGCGGGAGUAGAAGCCGUUCAAGAAGCCCAGACAGAAGGCGCAAAAGCCAUGAUCAGAGAGAAAGACGUGAUAGAAAAAGAAGUGUAAGUCGUAGUCCAAGUCCAUCAAGUCGUAAGAAGAGGGAUGAAGCAGAUGGAGGCAAUAGUGGCACUAUUGUACAGCGUCUUGAAAGGAGGGAGCUAAAGCCUGCAGAGGAUAUAACACCAGAGGAGAGGGAUGCUAGAACAGCAUUCUGCAUGCAGCUGGCAAGAAAUAUCAGACCUAGAGAUCUGGAAGAAUUUUUUUCAAAAGUGGGCCAGGUUGCUGAUGUGCGGAUUAUAUCAGAUCGUAACUCAAGACGGUCAAAAGGAAUUGCUUAUGUGGAGUUCACUGACAGAUCAGCUGUGCCUCUGGCAAUAAACCUGUCUGGUCAGAAACUCUUAGGAGCCCCAAUUAUGGUGAUGCCUACCCAAGCAGAGAAGAACAGAGCAGCAGCAGAGGCUGAAAAGCUCAAGGCUCCACCAGGACCUACAAGACUAUAUGUUGGAUCCCUUCACUUUAACAUCACAGAACAAAUGAUAAAGGCAAUAUUUGAACCCUUUGGAAUUGUCGAUAGUGUACAGCUUAUUUAUGAUUCUGAAACAGGAAGGUCGAAAGGCUAUGGCUUCUUACAGUUCAGAGAUGCUGAUGCUGCAAGGCAAGCCAUGGAUCAGAUGAAUGGUUUUGAACUUGCUGGAAGGCCUAUGAAGGUUGGGCCCGUAACAGAGCGAGGGGACUCAUCUUCCUAUUCCUUCCUGGAUGAUGAGGAGUAUGAAAAGGGUGGUGUUGAAUUAAACUCCACUGCGAGGGCUGCUCUCAUGGCUAAAUUAUCUCAGGGUCAUUCUGCCGGUCUUCAAGUGCCAGGUGUUCCCCCUGCUGUUGUUGGUGUACAACAAGCUAUGACAGCACCUGUAGCCAUUCCCCUUCCUACACCCUGUAUCAUGCUGCUAAACAUGUUUGACCCUACCAAAGAGAAAGACCCUGAUUGGGAUGCUGACAUUCAAGAUGAUGUAUUGGAAGAAUGCACAAAAUAUGGUCAUGUGUAUCACAUUCAUGUGGACAAGACCUCUACCCAGGGAGUUGUGUAUGUGAAAUGUAGUAAUGCUGAAGUUGCUGCCAGUGCUUCAAAAGCCCUCCAUGGCAGAUGGUUUGCUGGGAAGCAAAUUAUUGCAAGAGCAGUUCCUCUCGCAAACUACCACAGCAUGUUUCCUCAGGCAGUGUCGAUGGUGAAGCCGUUGCAACCAUCCACGUUUUGAAAAUGACCAGUCUUUCUUUUCUGAAUGUCUUGAUAUUUCUGUUUGACGAAUCAGACGAGCAGGUUCUAAUUUUUAACGAGUCACUAUUUGUAAAUAAGUCGGUGAAACAAUAAGGGAAAUUGCUGUUGGUUUCCCACAAGUUUGUGUAUAAUGUGCAAGAUAAUAUACGAUCUAAAGCAAGUGAGGAUAUGGCUUUAUGGAAGUGUUGUUUUGUUGCCGUGACACAUCCGUCAUCCUAAGUUCCCUCCAAUUUUCUGAGCGAAUUUGUAUCAGACACUCUUCCUUAGCAUUUUUUAAGAAUCUGCCGAAACUGUUACUUUUCUUUACUUCCGUCGAUUAGCUUAUGCUCCUGAAAAACAGUGAUAUAAACGGACGUCUAUGGAAGAAAAAGAUGAAAAUGAAAUAAAAUAUAGUUUAAA